CAAAAGCCGGCGCGCAGCAAAGGCGGGAUGCUCAGGGCGGCUGAGUCUCGAGAGGUGCGGGUGGAGGCGGGUGGCCGCAGUCCCUGGGCAGCGCCACCUUCUCAGUCCAAGCGGCUCACCUCCUUCCUCAUCCAGGACAUCCUGCGGGACCGCGCGGAGCGGCGCGGGGGACACGCGGGCAGCCCGCAGCACCAGCGCCAGUCGGACCCGAGGAGUGACCCCGCGUCAGACCCGGAGGAAACAGGAGGUCGCGGCGUGGCUCUAGCGGACCCGCCAAAUAUCCGAUCCAGCCCGACGGAGACGCUGGCUGAACGCGAGACAGAUGGGCAUUUCGCGACUUAUCUGUUGGACUGUGAACACACUCCAGGCGAUUUAUCAAGCACCCCCCAGGUCCCCAAGCCGCCUCAGAAGCGCUCCAGGGCUGCUUUCUCUCACACUCAGGUGAUUGAGCUGGAGAGGAAGUUCAGCCAUCAAAAGUACCUGUCUGCCCCUGAAAGGGCUCAUCUGGCCAAGAACCUCAAACUCACGGAGACCCAAGUGAAGAUAUGGUUCCAGAAUAGACGCUAUAAGACCAAGCGAAAACAACUGGCGGAAGACCUGGGGGUCUUGGAGAAGAGCUCACCUCUGUCUCUGCCAGUCCUGAAAGAGGACAGUCUAGCCAGCUCCUCAUUGGUCUCCAUGUACACCAGCUACCCCUGUUACCCGUACCUCUAUUGUCUGGGCAGCUGGCAUCCAACUUUCUGGUAACAACAGUUCAUAUGACAACUUCAUAGAUCAGAAACUGCCUUCCCCGGGAGUGUCUGGGGGAAAAGCAGGAAUGACUGAGGUCAAGGAGAUGGUAACAAGACGUGUGCAGACCCAAAUGGCUGGGGAUUCCUAGGGAAUGUUCCGAUUCUUCUCUGGUGGGGUCAGUGAAAGAGCCCGGGCAGUGGCUAUUUUUAGUAUCUAGUCACAAUUCCAGUUCUGUAGGUCACUGCUCUCUGUUCCCUGUCUGGAGAGGGCCAGACAAGUUCAUCUGAUUCUAGACCUCAGCGUGACUUUGGGUGCAAUGGCUACAUCAUUCCUAAGAAUUCUGUCACUGCAACUCCAUGCUCUCCCAUAACUGAGUAUCACAAAAAGACUAAAGCGAUGGGAAGAAGGACCCCUUAGAAAAGGGUGUCCUCUUGAAUUAAACUUGGGUUAAAAAGUCUCUUGUUGGCCUUGAACAACAGCCAGGGUUUCUCUCUGCCCUUGUAAAAGUGAAGGUAAAUGGAAGAUUUGAAGAAAAAGAAAACACAGACCUUAGCGAUUGAGGCAGGUUGGCAUGGGGCAUAAAGGGGGUGGGGGUAGAAUGUUUGACCUCUUACCCUGUUUGCGGUAGUGAACCAAUUCAAGGAUUUACAGGCAGCCUGAGUGGAGCAGGGUGCACACAGUGAGGGGUUUAAGACAAGCUGUGUAAACAGUUUGCCUGCCAGGGUGGGCCUGGAAACAGGCUCUUCCUGUCCAAGGCAAGGGCCUAGGGGGUUUCCACACUCCAGGUGAGCGCCUCAGUCAUGACUGACUGAAGAAAAGGCCUCUGCCCACCCUUCCUGCCUUCACAGAGAACUUAUCGAGGAGCUUUCAGGUCUGAGUUCACAAUGGGUUAUGCCAGAGGUGCUGUCAUUUUAUAACAAAGGAUCUUCCUUUCUCUCUCUCUCUCUUUCUUUCCUACAGGACAUCUCAGUUCAGGUUUUUAAUCUCUGCAUGCCUAUCUUAUUUAGCUUAAGAUCUGCUCCCCCCACCUCAAGUUUUAUCUUUCCUGGU